GGCCGCGCUUCCGGGGUCGGCUCGCGGUGCGCUCGGCUCCCGGUGGGCUACGCGUCCGGCGAGUCCCAGCCGAGAGUCCCCGCCGAGCCUCCGGAUGCCCGCGCGCGGCGGGGCCCAGCUUUCCCGCAGAUUGGGGCAAAAAAGGCAGCGGCUGUUGGAGGCAGAGCGGCAUCAGAGCCCCGCAGAUGGAGCCUGGACGCCUUCCCCCACAGAGCCCCAUGUGGGGCUGCCUGUGACCCUGGGCCCCCAGCGCAGUAUCUACUUCUCAAGCCCAAACAGCCGCCCUGCUCGACUGGGAUCCGAGUUUUUCGACCAGCCUGCAGUCCCCCUGGCCAGGGCAUUUCUGGGACAGGUCUUGGUCCGGCGACUCGACGAUGGCACAGAGCUCCGCGGCCGCAUCGUGGAGACUGAGGCGUACUUGGGGCCAGAGGAUGAAGCUGCCCACUCGAGGGGUGGCCGGCAGACCCCCCGCAACCGCAGCAUGUUCAUGGAGCCAGGGACCCUGUAUGUGUACCUCAUCUACGGCAUGUACUUCUGCAUGAAUGUCUCUAGCCGAGAAAACAGUGUUGCCUGUCUCAGGCAGAGCCCUGUUCAGUGGUCAGCAUGUGUCUGCAGUCAGCUCUUCCUUCAGGAUGGGAUGGUGGGGACCUUGUGUGCAGCAGGUGUCCAGAGAGCCAGGCCCAGCAUGGACCGUUCUUCCUCAGGCCUGACCCAGCCUCUGGGAGAGAGGACCAAGCGCACUGGUGCAGACACGCCUGAUGGGGAGCCGAGGAAGCACGCUCGCCAGGCCCUCAGGGCGGAGGUCCCUCCACCACGGCAGGAUGUGGGAUCAACCCAGGCCCUGACACCUCAGGUAGCAAAGAGGAGGUAACAGCUUGGCCAUGAGCCUCCUGGUGACUAACACAGGACAGUGGAGAGAGCCAGGCCAGGAAAGGCACACAGAAAGCUGGAACAACAGGGUGCACAGGGACAGAAGCAGUGCUGGACCACACAGGACGGGCCAGGCACUGCGACCUCACACUUCUGACAGCCACUGGAAGGAUGGAUGGGUCAGAUACGUUUCUGCACAUUCUCCAGGGUGGCUGCAAGCAGGGCAGCAGUGGGGGGCCACCGAACACGGGCAGGGUCAGGAGGAAGGUCUGAGAAAAGGCCGUGACCCAAAUUUGUCUGUGGGAAGCAUGCAGGGCUCACUCAGAGGCAUGAGUCCCGGAUGCGCCCUCCAGUUCGGGGCCUCACCUUCUCAGCUCAGAGACACUGAGGCUGUUUCGAGGACUAGACAAGAGUUUCGAGAAGGCAGAGGGCAGUGGCCCCUCAGCUGUUGCUGAAACUAGGCUGAACUGUGUAGUUGGGCCGCAGGGCUAAGAGGGCCCUAGGCUGGGCAGAGGCCAGCGCUCCCACCCACUGCAGCAGCCUGC